AGUAAGAAAGUGUUGAAUUUAAAUCGAAGACGGUUUGAAUCUUGACAUUAUGCCUCCAAAAGUUAGUGGUAAAGCUGUGAAAAAGGCCGGCAAGGCUCAGAAGAAUAUUAAUAAAGCUGACAAAAAGAAGAAGAGAAGAAGGAAAGAAAGUUACGCAAUCUAUAUUUACAAAGUACUCAAACAGGUGCAUCCUGAUACUGGUAUAUCCAGUAAAGCAAUGAGUAUUAUGAACAGUUUUGUCAAUGAUGUCUUUGAACGCAUUGCAGCGGAAGCGUCAAGAUUGGCACAUUAUAACAAACGUUCCACCAUUACCUCUCGCGAAAUUCAAACUGCUGUGAGACUUCUAUUACCUGGUGAAUUGGCGAAGCAUGCAGUUAGCGAAGGUACUAAAGCAGUUACCAAGUAUACAAGUUCUAAAUAA